AUGUUGCUUGCAGCAGAAUUUUAUCCUCAACUCCUAAGUCCUGGUCAAAUACAACUUUCAAGAGAACUACCAAUUCUACAGAACACUGUGCUCGGAUGGAUCGUAUCUGAAAAAAUCCAAAAUGCUAACACAAUGAUUGCAACAUGUGGAAUAGCAUCAGAAGAUAGUUUAGAAAAUGCAAUAGAACAACUCUGGAAGAUUCGCUUUGGGAGAUUCGAAAGACAUUGCUAUAAUAGAUUUCUAGCACUAGAGCGUAGACUUUCAAAGGAUAGUCACCUCAAACGACAAUACGUAGAGUUUUUAGAUGAAUAUGAAAAAUUGGGACAUAUGAUCGAAAUAGAUAUUGAAAGGAUUAUGUCACCACAUUACUUUAUACCACACCAUUGUGUGCUUAAACCCGACAGUACCACCACCAAGUUACGUGUGGUAUUUGAUGCAUCAUCCAAAACAACAUCAGGGCAAUCUCUCAAUGAUUUACUAUACAUCGGACCACCUGUUCAAAGUGAAUUACUGUCUAUUUUAUUACGAUUCCGUCUUCCUCGUUAUGUGUUUACAACAGACAUUGAAAAGAUGUACCGACAAAUACUUGUACAUCCAGAAGACAGACAAUGUCAGCUUAUCGUUUGGAGAAAUGAACCAAGAAUUCCACACGAUGACCUAGAAGUCAAUUUAGAUUUAGAAAAUAAUAACGAUACAACAAAAACUCUUGGAUUAUCUUGGUGUCCAAAAUCUGAUAGUUUAUGCGUCAAGGUUAAAUUGGAACCUGUUUGCAGCACGACGAAGCGCAGUGCAACCUCAGAUUUAGCAUGGCUAUUUGAUCCACUAGGACUUUUGUCACCAGUUGUGGUGAUGGCAAAGAUCUUUAUUCAAGAAUUAUGGAAUUUAAAGAUGGAUUGGGAUGAAAAACUGCCGACUGAAUUACAUAAACAGUGGUUAGAGUUCCGGAACAAUUUGACAAAAGUAAAUUGUCUGCAGAUAUCUCGUCAUAUUUUCAAGGGCGAAGUUCCUGCCAACAUUCAAUUACACAUCUUUACAGAUGCAUCAGAAAAGGCAUAUGGCGCUGCGGCGUAUUUGCGAUCAACACUUCAGAAUGGUCAAAUCAUUGUACGACUAUUGUGCGCCAAAUCUCGGGUUGCACCUUUGAAAAGGUUGACAUUACCUCGUCUCGAACUUUGUGCAGCUGUGGUUGGCGCAGAACUAGCAACAAGAAUAAAGAACGACCUACAAAUAAGAAAUUACCAGACGUUCUUUUGGUGUGAUUCACAAAUAGUGAUAUCAUGGAUCAACUCUCCAUCAUCAAAGUUUCACACUUUCGUUGCAAACAGAGUAAGCAACAUUCAUCAAUUAACAGUCACAAGUCAGUGGCGCCACGUCAGUUCGGAACACAAUCCAGCUGACAUUUUAUCAAGAGGCCUUGCAUCCCAUAAACUACAGUCAUCAAGUAUGUGGUUUUAUGGACCUAUGUUCCUGCAUGGUCGGGAAGAACUGUGGCCUUCAAAACUAUCAUCAGCGUUAAAAUCCGAAACCCUCAUUGAUCCUGAACGGAAGAAGGAAACUCCAGUAUCUACAUUGUCUGUUGUUGAAGGCACAGCAAAUCCUGGAGAGUUCAUAUACUCAAUACGACACAACAACUCAUUUGGAAGACUUCAAUGGAUAUUAUCUUCAUUGGCAUCACUGGCACCUUUUAUUGAUAAUACGGGUAUCAUAAGAGUUGGUGGACGUUUGGAUGCAGCCUCAUUAUCGUAUGACGUCAAACAUCCUAUGUUGUUGCCUUAUAACGACCCCAUUGUCAAAUUAAUAAUGGAACAAGUCCAUAAGAAAUACAUGCACUGUGGUCCGCAGUCUCUCCUAGCUAACAUGCGUCAACGAUACUGGCCAAUUAAGGGCAAAUUGAUGGCAAGGUCAGUAGUACAACAUUGUGUACGUUGUACUAAAGUAAGACGAUUUUAUGAACAACUGAUGGGUAAUUUGCCAGCGACAAGAGUAUAA